CGCCGCCGGUGGGCCGCAGAUGAAGAGGAGGCGGCAGCCGUGGUGGAAGAAGAGGCGGCGGCGGCGGGGGUAGGGAACCUGGAAACGCGAGCGGGGAUGGUAGGUGGUUUGGACCCGCCGGGCCGCCGUCGUUUCCAGAAAGGGUUGGACUGGAGGAACCUCUGGAGCAGCUCGCCAGCACACCUCAAUCCAGGGCCUCGGGGACCGGGGACCCGGGCUGCCCCGAAGGGGGUGCGCACUCUGAUCCUAAAGUCCUGGCUAAGCGCUCUGAGGUAGGCUGGCUCCUCUGACUAAUGGCAUGUUGAAGUACGUGGGCCAGUGGCAGAGAGGGCGUCUGAUCCAGAGGGGGCCACUCUAGAGGCCAGGCCAUCACCACCAUGGGCCAGUGUGUCACCAAGUGCAAGAAUCCUUCAUCAACCCUGGGCAGCAAGAAUGGAGACCGGGACCCCAGUAGCAAAUCACAUAGCAGGCGAGGGGCCGGCCACCGUGAGGAACAGGUGCCACCCUGUGGCAAGCCAGGUGGGGAUAUUCUCGUCAAUGGGACCAAGAAGGCAGAGGCUGCCACUGAGGCCUGCCAGCAGCUGCCAACGUCUUCGGGAGAUGCUGGGAGGGAGUCCAAGUCCAAUGCUGAGGAGUCUUCCUUGCAGAGGUUGGAAGAACUGUUCAGGCGCUACAAGGAUGAGCGGGAGGAUGCAAUUUUGGAGGAAGGCAUGGAGCGCUUUUGCAAUGACCUAUGUGUCGACCCCACGGAAUUUCGAGUGCUGCUCUUGGCUUGGAAGUUCCAGGCUGCUACCAUGUGUAAAUUCACCAGGAAGGAGUUUUUUGACGGUUGCAAAGCAAUAAGUGCAGACAGCAUUGAUGGGAUCUGUGCACGGUUCCCCAGCCUCUUAACAGAAGCCAAACAAGAGGACAAAUUCAAGGAUCUCUACCGGUUUACAUUUCAGUUUGGCCUGGACUCUGAAGAAGGGCAGCGGUCACUCCAUCGGGAAAUAGCCAUUGCUCUGUGGAAACUAGUCUUUACCCAGAACAAUCCUCCUGUAUUGGACCAAUGGCUAAAUUUCUUAACAGAGAAUCCCUCGGGUAUCAAGGGCAUCUCCCGGGAUACUUGGAACAUGUUCCUUAACUUCACUCAGGUGAUUGGCCCUGACCUCAGCAACUACAGUGAAGAUGAAGCUUGGCCAAGUCUCUUCGAUACCUUUGUGGAGUGGGAAAUGGAGCGAAGGAAAAGAGAAGCCGAAGGGAGAGGUGCACUCAGCUCAGGGCCGGAGGGCUUAUCUCCUGAGGAGCAGACUUAGUGGCUUUGUCCCAGGACCAGUAAGGGUCUGCCUGCUGCUUUGCAGCCAAGUGAGGAAUUGGACUUUUCUGGAAAUUACUGAAGAUCCGGAUAUUUUCUACUUUACACCUUUCUCUGCCUUGUAUUUGAAAGGGCUCUAAAAUGCUGUAUCAUGUUUUAGGCACUUUCUUCAUUUUUGGGGGGUUAUUUUGGUUAUUUCUUUUUUGGGGGGGAAGUAAUCCCUCAAAAUAUUUGAACCUGGCUACAUGUUGUGUAUCUUUUUUUGAAGCCUUCAGAUAGAAUAAGCCUGCCAUUUCUUGCACAAAGUUAGGUAUGUUUUGUUUAUGUGGGGAGGGUGGAGAGCGGGAAGGGGAAUGGAACAGUUAGGAUGAGUUAACAUUACAAACUACAGUGCCAGUCUCAGUUUGCAUAUUGUUUUUCAGGGCAGGUCUGUACUGUGUGUAGUGCUGUUUACAUGGUUGAAUUUAGGUUAUAAUAAUUAUUUUUAAAAGAUUUACACAGAUUUGAAUAACAGUGUUAACUGUUAACCAUAUUGCAUUAAUUUCCAGACAAUUUAGAGCUCUUGGAGCACCAAGGCCAGUCAAGAGCAUUUGCAGUCUGGUGACAACCCCCCUUUAAGCUAAUUUAUCCAAAACUCUAUUUCUCUCACUUCUUGCUCAUUCCUUCUUUGACCUGUUGCAUUUCAUGUUGAAUUUAUCCAAUCAACAUGCUGCACCUGUCAGUCAAGUGAGCAGUUUUGUUUUGUUAGGACACAUUGUACUGAAUACCACUCCAACAUUGAAUGCAGAGAAAGCAGUGCUACCUCAGUUUUGCUGGAAGUAGAAAUCUUUGAUAGUUUUCUUUGAAGUUUCUGUAGUUUCAUGUUGUGAAUGGAAAUACUUUUUUUUUUUUCCCUUCUUCUUUUGCCUUGGAGCCAAAGUUUCUGUUGCAGGUGGUCAGAAAUCGUGCCUGUAGCCAGCUGACGUAAAAGAAAACUGUGGUAUGGAGCUCUGCUUGAACUUUUUUUUUUAUUUUGAGUAUCAUCAGCUUACUUGUCUGGCAAGUGCAGAAGCCUGGGACUGGCUUGAACUCUGCCAAACAGAUUAUCAAAGUGUAUUUAAUGGCUAAACGUGUGUGCCCUUUCCCUUCUUGCUGCACCCAUGUUGUCACUUAACCCCCAGGAGUUAUUUAUUAUCUUUUUGUUAAUGUCAAGGUCAAUUGGGGUAAUGUGAUGACUGUUUAGGUUUACAUGAUCUUCCUUUCCUUCCCCUGCCCCCAAAUAUGUAUAUAUACAUAUAUAAAAUAUGUAUAUAUUUUACCUAUAUAAAAUAUAUAUAUACACAUAUAUGUAUCUAUAUUCCUUUGUUUCUUUGCCUGCUAAAACUGGCCAUAAAAGAGAGAGCUGCCUUCAAUACGUAGUUUCAGAAGAGUGCCAGGGAGCAUCAUAAUGGAGGCUGCUGUAUCUGAAUUUGGAACAUUUUUACUAAAAAGAACAUGAAUUUGCUCACAGGAGGGAGGACCCAAUCCUCCAGACUCUUCUACACACUCCACAAGGCCAGCUUUGGCCAAAUUGCCACUGGGGCCUGAGGAAUUGACUCUGUCCUACUUGGUUUCAGUAGAGGAGGACCCUACGUAUUUUUUCAUUAAAAAAAAAAAAGUCCUCAAAAAUCUGUACUGGAAAAGUAGGUGGGAAGAGCUUGUACAGUUCAGCUUCCAACACUUUGGAACACAUUAAAAAGGGAAUCUUUUAAUAAAAGCUUA